AUGGCGACCAAAACACCCAACAAACGACUCGCUGCUCUCGACGGUGGCCCCGGUGUGCAGAUGGGAUCGGAUCUCAUGUUUCAACAGCUGGAAGAAGGAUACGACCAAGGACCGGACAAUAUCGCUCUCAUCUGCGCUCACCAGUCCUGGGGGUAUCUGAGGAACAUCGUUGGAGAACAACCAGCUGCAGGCUGCUUGACCUGGACGUACCGCCAAAUGAUGAGAGCUGCCCGAGACAUUGCGUUUGUGUGGGAGGAGUAUGGAGUCGAGGGAGGAAGCACUCUAGUUGCCUUCCUUCCAAGCUGCGCAGAAUUGGCCCUUGGUCUAUGGGUGGCGGCUAUACUUGACCUCACCUUUGUGCCUCUCAAUCCUUCAAGUUUGAACGUGGACGGUCCUGGAGAGCAGGAUUAUCCUCUUGAGCAGCUUGGAACAAGCGUCGUCCUAGUGUCCAACCUCAGAGAUGCAUAUAACUUCGACGACCUCUAUCCAGACCUGGCGAAGAAGAUAGAGCUCAAGAUCGUUUGUCACGAGCAAGUCGGCAGAUUCUUUCGCGGCUGGGCCAAUUUCACGAUUCUAGAUACAUACAGAUCGCGCGAACCCAGAGCGGAUGACAAACCACAUAGGCCUGGUCCAGAAAAUCGUUUUCUUGCGGACAAUCAUGUGGCGGCAAUGCUCUUCACUCAAGAGAGCCCCGAUCAUCCCCCAAAGGGCUGCCCUCUGACCGUCCUAAACGUUCGAACAGCGCUGGUGAAUCAAUACAUUCUCUCCGGACAGAGGUAUCUGGUCACUUGUCCGGCCUGGAGCAGCGCAACUCUUGAGGCAAUGUUGGUGGCGUGGAAGAGAGGCUCGGCUAUCGUGUUCUCGGGAGCUGUCUUCUCUGCACAAAUCACACUGUCAGCGGUCGAGCUUCAUGGCUGUACGCGUCUGAUCUGUACACCACCACAACUCGAAAAGCUGGUUAGCCAUCCUUCACGCUCACAAAGAGACCUCAGCUCCCUCAGAAGUCUGUCAGUACAUGGAGGAGUUGUGAGCGCAGAACUGCUCGCUCAAGGACAAGAUGCGUUGCAAACUGAGUGGGCCUCAUCAUCUUUCACAAUGGCCGAAGGGUUUGGAGUGCUUGGCUGGGGCAGCGAGUCGUUGUCGAGCACCGAUCGGACCCUGGACAGCGUUGGUACGGUUUUGAGUGGCUCUCGUAUCAAGGUCUGUUCUCUUGACCGGGAUGGCGGUUCCGUGUUGGGUCGAGGAGAAGAAGGUCGGCUCCACGUUGGCGGCGAUGCGAUCAUUGCAGGAUAUCUCGGUGGUGCGUCCGGACAACGUUUUUACCAGGACCUAGAUGAUAAGAGAUGGUUCGUCACGGAUUACCUGGCUACAAUCGACGCUAAUGGUGUGGUCAGACUGACCACUGAGCUCAAAGGUAUGUUUCAGCAACCCCGUCACAAUUUCACGACUAUACACAGGCGGCAUUGA